AAAAACUCACAGGCAGAUUAAAAAUACAUAAACAAUAAAAUAAAACAUUAAAAUGGGAGCUUUAAGAUUAUCAAAAAGAGUUAUACCGUUAUCAAAAAGAAGCUUAUGUCUAAUAACAAAAAAUACCUUUCAGACUAAAGCGAGCGAAGAAGGGAUAACUAAAAAAGUUAAACUAUUUGAAACACCUCUUGAGGUUUCUGAUAAUUUGUCUGACGAAAGUAUAUUUACGCCGGAACAUGUAGAAUUAAGACGAGCUUUACGGAAGUUAUUAGAAAAAGAGAUCAUUCCACAUGUCAAUGGCUGGGAAGAAGCAGGUGGUUUUCCUGCUCAUAAAGUAUUUAAAACAUUAGGCAGUGCUGGAUUUCUUGGUGUGAACAAACCAGUAAAAUAUGGAGGACUAGGAUUAGAUUUUUCAUUUACAAUGGCAGUGCACGAAGAAAUGGGUAAUAUUCCAUGUGGAGCUCUGCCUAUGGCAAUUGGUGUUCAGGCAGACAUGUGCACUCCUGCGCUUACAAACUUUGGGUCAGAUGAACUUAAAAAAUUGUUCCUUGCACCAAAUAUUGCUGGUGACAUUGUUGGAUGUCUUGGUGUUAGUGAGGUUGGAGCUGGUUCAGAUGUUUCUGCUAUUAAAACAACAGCUGUUAAAAGAGGAGAUGAUUAUGUGAUAAAUGGUGGAAAAAUGUGGACAACAAAUGGUGCUCAGGCAGAUUGGAUGUGUCUGUUAGCCAACACAAGUGAAGGUAAAAACCCACACCUGAAUAAGAGUCUUAUUUGUGUACCAAUGAAGACCAAGGGUAUUGUUGUGCAGCCACGAAUGAAAAAACUUGGAAUGCAUAGUUCCGAUACUGUUCAAAUAUUUUUUGAAGAUGUUGUUGUUCCUCAAAAGUAUCGGAUUGGUGAAGAAGGGCUCGGAUUUGUUUAUCAAAUGAAGCAAUUUCAAGAUGAACGUCUUGUUGGUUCUGUUAGUGCGCUGACAAUAUGUGAUCGAUGUAUAAGACAGACAGCAAACUAUUGUCACCAGAGGAAAGCGUUUGGUAAAACAUUACUUAGUAACCAAGUAAUUCAUUUCAAAUUAGCAGAAUUGCAAACUGAAGUGGAAAUGUUGCGAUCAACCAUAUACCGUGCAACAGACCUUUAUGUAAAAGGUAAGGAUGUCACUUACCUCGCAAGUAUGUGCAAGCUAAAAGCUGGUAGAUUGCUCAGAGAAGUUACGGAUGCUUGCUUGCAAUAUUGGGGCGGCAUGGGUUAUAUGGAAGGUGAAAUAAGCAGAGCGUUUAGAGACUCACGACUAGUAUCCAUAGGUGGUGGAGCAGAUGAAGUGAUGUUGUCAAUAAUUUGUAAAUAUAUGGACACGCUACCUAGCUCGCGAUAGAAGAAGAACGGAAACAUUUUAUAAGAAAUAAACUGUCUUCUAUUUUGUACUAUUACUGAAAAAUACUUUAAUAACCUUUAAUAAUCUUUAUAUCAUUGAUAUAUCAUUGUGUUAAUGCACCAUA